CGAGGUGGGCGGGGAGGUCAGGUGACCCGGCCGGCGUCCCAAGAUGGCGGCGGUGGUGACUCCCGGAAGGCUGUGGCGGCGUCCCGGCUGCUGAGGUGGGCCCCAAGCGGCUGGCAGCUGACGGGACGGGCCGGAGGCCGGAGGACGAGCAGCUGCCGCCUCUGCGCGCCCCGCAGCCGGGGCUGGGCCGUGCGGCGGCGGCGGCGCCGGGGGAUGUUGGUGCUGGGCCGGGCCUCUCCCUCCUCAACUUAGGGCGGCGGCUGGCCCGCGCCCCUGGCUCCCGGGCCAUGGCGCUGAGGGAGCUCAAAGUGUGUCUGCUGGGGGAUACAGGUGUUGGUAAAUCGAGUAUUGUAUGGCGGUUUGUGGAAGACAGUUUUGAUCCGAACAUCAACCCAACAAUAGGGGCAUCUUUUAUGACCAAGACUGUCCAGUACCAAAAUGAGCUACAUAAAUUCCUAAUCUGGGAUACAGCUGGACAAGAACGAUUCCGUGCCUUAGCACCAAUGUACUAUCGAGGGUCGGCUGCUGCUAUCAUCGUUUAUGAUAUCACAAAAGAAGAGACAUUUUCAACAUUAAAGAAUUGGGUCAAAGAGCUUCGACAGCAUGGCCCACCUAAUAUUGUAGUUGCCAUUGCAGGAAAUAAGUGUGAUCUUAUCGAUGUAAGAGAAGUCAUGGAGAGAGAUGCUAAGGACUACGCCGACUCCAUUCAUGCAAUUUUUGUAGAGACCAGCGCAAAAAACGCGAUAAACAUAAAUGAACUCUUUAUAGAAAUUAGUCGAAGAAUUCCAUCCUCUGACGCCAAUCCGCCAUCUGGCGGUAAGGGCUUCAAACUCCGAAGACAGCCUUCAGAGCCUAAGCGAAGCUGCUGUUGACUGAGCCUCAGCCUCUCAGACUCGAUGGUGAAGUAGGUGGUCCUGAAAGUUAACAGGAGGGCUGGGGUCCCUGCCACCACUUUUCACCUAGCCAGUCUUGAGUCUUCUUCAUGCAAAAAGGAUUCACAGAAAUUGACCGGUCUGUUCUCUCUUCAAAGACUGCAACAGUGAUGUUUCAGUCUGUGGACUUCUGUUAUGUAAGGAAUCUCUGGUACAAAGGGACUGCAUCGUUGGCUUCUGACCUCGCCGGAAAGGAACAUAUGAUUGUGUGGAUGGGAGGAUUAAAUUGCUGGGUAGUUUUGUAAUCAAGAUUUUAUGUAACAUUUGUAAAGGGAAAAUAAGCACUUUGCUGGGUUUUGAGGGGAAAAAAACCUUGUGAAGAUGACCAUUUCCUUGGUUUCUGUUACCACUGUUAGAGGGAGUUGUAGCCUUUAAAAUGUGGUAGGAUAUUAUAAGCAGAGAGAUGGCAAUUAUUAUUUGAAGCUAAAAUGGGUUAUUUAUAGGACUGCUGGAAACGAUUUCAUCUCUAAAGCACUUUUCAUUGAAUUUGUUAGCCUGGAACACGUACAGAAAAUUAACAGUGAUGAUAGCAGAUGCCUGGCUCACACUGGCUUUGCUUCUGACCCUGUCAUUUACGUGUCACCAGACACAUUAUUGGCACCUUUUUAAAUAAGCUCUCCUGAUCAGGAUGGUGUGGUAAAGAAGCUGCUUGGAAUAAAUUGAAUUGCAUAUGUUCUAAACUGAGUAGCAGUGGCUCUAAAAAGAAGAGGAAAGAAAGUGAAGAAAGUGGUGUCAAUGCUGUCCGUUUUUAUUUAAUCCAAGUAUUUUAGUGGGGAAGAACAAGUAUCAGUUGCUUCGCAUAUGUAAAGUUGUAGUCUAUAUUUAUGAGUCCAUUGCUUAAAGAUGAUAAAUUAUGUAAAUAUAAUACAUGCGUGAGUUUCAUUUGCCAUUCCAUUGAAUCUCGCUCCCAACCUUGCGUGUGCUCACCCCUUUUCCAGCCUGUCCAUGGGAGACUGAAGCGCAUUUGUGCUGUGCAGAGGCGUAUAGCACUCGCUUACAGCCUUUCAAGAUUUCGCUGCCUUCCCUUCUACCCGCCCCUCUUCCCUCAGGAUCCCAUCUGGAAGUCAUAAUAAAAACAUAUGCCACUUUGACAACCCUGACUAGUCCUUACUAGCCUUAGGGUAAAAGAUUAAGCUCCUGAGCUCAAGUCAUUUACCUGGUCUUGAUAAUAAGUUUCUUUUAGCUUUUACAGUGACCUCAGACCAACUGUUUUAAGAGAGCUCUUCUUGUUAACAAUUUCGCUUAUCUUUUUGUUUCCUUUAUUUUCCCCUGCCUCUGUUAGUGGUUAACACUCUUUUCCCUCAGGGAGCCUAAUGAGGUUUUUAAUAUAAUCUAAAAAUAAAGCACUGAAGUGAAGUUGGUGAAAAUUUGUUCCUGGUCUAAUUUGGCACCCUUCCAACCUGAGUAUUGUAAGGGAAGGAAAUUUACAAGAUUAAAUAGGAAAUGAAGCAACUUGAAUUUAAAACUAAAUGGUGUUUUCAGAGCGACCCUUAAACUGAACAAUCGAAACUUUUUAAAAUAAUUAUCUCUUUGUGCCCCCCACUUCAUGUGGAUUUCAGUGGGAAGAUUAUAACUCAGGUUAAGUUAAAAAAAAAUUAUCUUUUCCCUGUUG